AUGGCGGAGCCACCUGCAAAACGUGCUCGCCGAGUCGACAGCUCAACUAUGUGGGAUUCGAAUGAUAAACGGCCUCAUGCACCAGAGCAAGAGUCAGAUCGCGACCGCAAACGCUCACCAGCUCCACGAGAUGACCGACGCGACGGCCGGUAUCGCUCUCGCUCACAAGAACGCAAGGAUGGAAGGCGAGAUAGAAGCUGGUCUCGAGAUCGCCGCGACCGGGACAGAGAUGGGCGUGGGGCCCAGAACCGAAAGAGGAGCACUAGCCGGGAGCGCAACCAGGAUAGACGCGGCAAUGCACCCAAGAACGUCAAGUUCCGCGAACGUUCGCGCUCCCGCUCGCCGCAUCGCAAUGGCACAAAGGCCCGGUCACCCCCUCGAGGCCCUAAGAGUGACCGCCAUGGCGACCGCAAAGACCCUCGAUCGCGAGAUGUUGGGCAGAAGGCGAAUGGCGCACAACCAGGACCAGAUCGCCACGAGGAUGCGAUGGACGUGGACUUCAAUGAAGAUGCGGGCGAAGACGAAAUGGAAGCACAAAUGCGAAAGACCAUGGGUUUCAGCCGGUUCCGGACUACAAAGAACACCAAAAUCCCCGGUAACGACAUCUAUGGUGUGCGGAAGGAGAAGAAGAUCGAGUACCGACAGUACAUGAACCGCCAGGGUGGUUUCAACCGGCCUCUCAGUCCCUCGCGAUGA